UCAGAGCUUCAGAGGAAAGCGACGACUGAGAGAGAAGGCGCUGCUCCAGAUACAUAGAGAAGGGGAUCUCCUACUUACCAGUUGUGUGGACUCAACAGGGCUACGCCAUAGAUCGAGUUUUAAAGACAAGUCAAACGCUCAAUUUUUUUUGUUGAAAGUGUCGUCUCUAUUUUUUUUUUGGUAUAUACAUCAUCAUCUCUUGCGCUCCGUUUUUUUUUACUGUCGAAGCAAAGUCCGUGGAUUUUAUGCUUUGGAGAGCUUCGCGCUAAGCACCCGUUGUUUUUUUUUAAGGGAAACGAUUAUUCGACACGGUCGAAUCUAGGCGGUUAAACGUUUGAUCUCGUCGCUAGUUGAUACGAAGAGAAGAAGAAGAAGAGAUGGCUUCAGCGUUGGUGAUUAGCGCUCUGCUCGCCGUCUGUGUGAACUUGGCGUCCACCACCAGCUGCCCAGAGCAGUGCCCGCAGUGUCCCACGAGCCCUCCGCAGUGCGCUCUCGGCGUGAGUCUGGUGAACGACGGCUGCGGUUGCUGCAAAGUGUGCGCACGGCAGUUCAACCAGGACUGCAGCCGCUCCGAGCCCUGCGACCCGCUCAAGGGACUCGAGUGCGACUCGGGAGCGGACGCGUCUGCCGAGAGAGGAAUUUGCCGAGCCAAGUCGGAAGGGAGAACUUGCGACUACAACGGCAAGAUCUACCAGCACGGCGAGAGCUUCCAGCCCAACUGCAAGCACGCGUGCACGUGCGUGGACGGCGUGGUGGGCUGCAUGCCCCUGUGUCCGCAAGAACUCGCAUUCCCCGCCGCUCGCCUCGCCGAUUGCGCCAACCCGCGUCUCAUCAAGGUGCCCGGCCGCUGCUGCGAGGAGUGGACAUGCGACGACGCCGUGGCGGCCGACUCGUCGUCGGAGGAGGACGCGGCGAGCCAGGGUCAGAGCCGCGAGGAGGAGUUCGCCGACAGCCUGGAGGACGCGCGAUCCGUCGAGAGCAACGAGCUGAUCGUGUUCACGCCCAGAAAGCACAAGAUUCUACCUGCCUGGAGGCAGCACGCCUUUGCAAGGCUCUUCAAGAAGCCCAAGUGCAUGGUGCAGACGACCGAGUGGUCACAGUGCUCCAAGACUUGCGGCAUGGGCAUUUCCACGCGCGUCACGAAUGACAACAGCGAAUGCAAGCUCGUGAAGGAGACCAGGCUGUGCGAGAUCAGGCCAUGCAGCAGCCAAGCCCCAUCCGCUGCUAACCUCAAAAAGGGAAAGAAGUGCAACCGCACGGAGCGCGCAAAGAAGGGUCUGCGCUACACGUACGCGGGCUGCACGAGCGUGCGCAAGUUCAAGCCCAAGUACUGCGGAGGCUGCGUGGACGGACGUUGCUGCACGCCCGACCAGACGCACACGGUCCGCGUGCGUUUCCGCUGCGACGACGGCGAGACGCUCACCAAGAGCAUGCUCUGGGUGGAGAGCUGCCGCUGCCACUACAACUGCGGUGAUCACCCCGGCGUCGAGUUCGCGCAGAGCUUCUACCGGCUCGAGAACGACAUCCACAAAUUCUCCGAUUAGAAAGGCUGCCCCCGACCCCCCCACUGUGGUCCGGCUUCAGCCGAGCUAGAGAUGGGAAUCGCGAUUCAUUAUUUAACCCUUUCCAGGCCCGAUACGAGCACUGACUGCCUUUGUCUUCCUUCCAUUUACUGUUGGACGGUUUUAUUUUUUUUCUUCUUCUCAGCCUGACCGGCAAGUUGACAUAUCAUGGACAAAAAAGUUUUAUUUUUUAUAUAUAUUUAAAAUUUUAACCAAAAGACUCUAAAGCAAAGGUGGACAAGGAACAGCUUAUUGCUUCAGUCAUGUCAUUAAUGAAGAAGCUUGCAUAAUGAAAGUAAAAUCAGCUAUGGUGAAGCUUACUUUUGGCACUUAAAGCAUUUGAGAGCAUUUAGUUUUCUUCUAAGCUGGAAAGGGUUAACACAUCUACGACCACUUCUCCCUUUUGUUUUUUUUUUUGUUCACGGUGACUUUAUAAAGAGACUAUGGUCACUAAAAAAUCCAAACCGACAUUAAUAAACGUCCGGGUGAAACAAAGUUGCGGCGAAUGAGCUGGCACGCAGGUGUAUUAAAAUAACUCUGGGGGUAGAUUCCAUAUUUAUUGUUUGACUUGUAAUGUAUAUGUGCACUGUAAAAAAAAUGUUUUGUUGAUGUGAAUUUGUAGCAAGGCAGCUGUACUGAUGCCUAUACACUGAGGCUGGCCUCUACUGCAGUCUUACUAGACUAGAUUGCAAAUAUACUGUACAUAGACUUCACAGACUGUGAGGGAUUGCAACAGCAACAAAGCUUUGUUUUAGAAGCACGUUCUACUAUUUUGAGACUGUAGUAAGCCAAAUGUAAAAUAUUUGUACAAAAUAUUUAUGUUUUUAUAUAGAGCUAUGUUAAAGCUGAUAUUAUAUAACUAUUUUAGAAUUAUGUCAUUGGUUUAAGAUAUGCAGUAAAUGACCUGAGUGUUAAUAUUAUGAAUAGCUUUUUUGAGACUAGUGUAUAUUUACUGAUGGUUGUCGUAUGUAUUCAGAUGCCCUUAUAUAUUUUUGUUAUUGUAAAUUAAAGAGAAAAAUAAAACUUUUCAAUGAUA